CCCCCUCCCAGCGCUGGUCUUGCCGCUUCUCCUGCCGCCCAACUUUUCCGCCAACUCCGCUGGGGAGCCGGGGAGCCCGGGAGCUGGCGGCGGCGCGCGAGUCAGCUUCAAAGGGAGGAUUGAGCUCAAGCCGGAGUCUCCAUGGAGGGGUGGAGCCUUGUCACCAACCUCUAACUGCAGAACUGGGAUGUGGAGCUGGAAGUGCCUCCUCUUCUGGGCUGUGCUGGUCACAGCCACAUUCUGCUGCACCGCCAGGCCGGCCCCAACCUUGCCUGAACAAGCAGCCCAGCCCUGGGGAGCCCCUGUGGAAGUGGAGUCCUUCCUGGUCCACCCUGGUGACCUGCUGCAGCUUCGCUGUCGGCUGCGGGAAGAUGUCCAGAGCAUCAACUGGCUGCGGGACGGGGUACAGCUGGUGGAAAGCAACCGUACCCGCAUCACAGGGGAGGAGGUGGAGGUGCGGGAUUCCGUGCCUGCCGACUCUGGCCUCUACGCUUGCGUGACCAGCAGCCCCUCGGGCAGUGACACCACCUACUUCUCCGUCAAUGUUUCAGAUGCCCUCCCUUCCUCAGAGGACGACGAUGAUGAUGAUGACUCCUCUUCAGAGGAGAAAGAGACAGAUAACACCAAACCAAACCGUAUGCCCGUGGCUCCAUACUGGACGUCCCCAGAAAAGAUGGAAAAGAAAUUACAUGCAGUGCCAGCUGCCAAGACGGUGAAGUUCAAAUGCCCUUCCAGUGGGACUCCUAAUCCCACCCUUCGCUGGUUGAAAAAUGGCAAAGAAUUCAAACCUGACCACAGGAUUGGAGGCUACAAGGUCCGUUAUGCCACCUGGAGCAUCAUAAUGGACUCUGUGGUGCCUUCAGACAAGGGCAACUAUACCUGUAUCGUGGAGAAUGAGUAUGGCAGCAUUAAUCACACCUACCAGCUGGAUGUUGUGGAGCGGUCCCCUCACCGACCCAUCCUGCAAGCAGGGCUGCCUGCCAACAAGACAGUGGCCCUGGGCAGCAAUGUGGAGUUCAUGUGUAAGGUGUACAGUGACCCACAGCCCCACAUCCAGUGGCUAAAGCACAUCGAGGUGAAUGGGAGUAAGAUUGGUCCGGACAACCUGCCUUAUGUUCAGAUAUUGAAGACUGCCGGAGUUAAUACCACCGACAAAGAGAUGGAGGUGCUUCACUUAAGGAAUGUCUCCUUUGAGGACGCGGGGGAGUAUACGUGCUUGGCGGGUAACUCUAUCGGACUCUCCCAUCACUCUGCAUGGUUGACCGUUCUGGAAGCCCUGGAAGAGAGACCUGCAGUGAUGACCUCGCCCUUGUACCUGGAGAUCAUCAUCUAUUGCACAGGGGCCUUCCUCAUCUCCUGCAUGGUGGGGUCUGUCAUCAUCUACAAGAUGAAGAGCGGCACCAAGAAGAGUGACUUCCACAGCCAAAUGGCUGUGCACAAGCUGGCCAAGAGCAUCCCUCUGCGCAGACAGGUAACAGUGUCAGCUGACUCCAGUGCAUCCAUGAACUCUGGAGUUCUGCUGGUUCGGCCCUCACGUCUCUCCUCCAGCGGAACCCCCAUGCUGGCUGGGGUUUCUGAAUAUGAACUUCCUGAAGACCCUCGCUGGGAACUACCUCGAGACAGGCUGGUUUUAGGUAAACCCUUGGGAGAAGGCUGCUUUGGGCAAGUGGUAUUGGCAGAAGCCAUUGGGCUGGACAAGGACAAACCCAACCGUGUGACCAAAGUGGCUGUGAAGAUGUUGAAAUCCGAUGCCACGGAGAAAGACCUGUCUGACCUGAUAUCAGAAAUGGAGAUGAUGAAGAUGAUCGGGAAACACAAGAACAUCAUCAACCUGCUGGGGGCUUGCACGCAGGAUGGUCCUUUGUAUGUCAUCGUGGAAUAUGCCUCCAAGGGCAACUUAAGAGAGUACCUGCAGGCCCGGAGGCCUCCUGGGUUAGAAUACUGUUACAACCCCAGCCACAACCCGGAGGAGCAGCUCUCCUCCAAAGACCUGGUAUCCUGCGCCUAUCAAGUGGCCCGGGGCAUGGAAUAUCUUGCCUCCAAGAAGUGCAUACACCGAGACCUGGCCGCCAGGAAUGUCCUGGUGACAGAGGACAAUGUGAUGAAGAUCGCAGACUUCGGCUUAGCUCGGGACAUUCACCACAUUGACUACUAUAAAAAGACGACCAACGGCCGACUGCCUGUGAAGUGGAUGGCACCUGAGGCCUUGUUUGACCGGAUCUAUACCCACCAGAGUGAUGUGUGGUCUUUCGGGGUGCUCCUGUGGGAAAUCUUCACUUUGGGUGGCUCCCCAUAUCCUGGUGUGCCUGUGGAGGAGCUUUUCAAGCUGCUGAAGGAAGGUCAUCGAAUGGAUAAACCCAGUAACUGCACCAAUGAGCUGUACAUGAUGAUGCGUGAUUGUUGGCAUGCGGUACCUUCUCAAAGACCUACCUUCAAGCAGCUGGUAGAAGACCUGGACCGCAUUGUGGCCUUGACCUCCAACCAGGAGUAUCUGGACCUGUCAAUGCCCCUGGAUCAGUACUCUCCCAGCUUUCCCGAUACCCGGAGCUCAACCUGCUCCUCGGGGGAGGAUUCCGUCUUCUCUCAUGAGCCGUUGCCUGAGGAGCCUUGUCUGCCCCGACACCCAGCCCAGCUUGCCAAUGGCGGACUCAAGCGACGCUGACUAGUACCCCAGCAUUCCCCCUCCCUGAACGCCAUCAUCAGCUGUAACCCUCAUCUACCACUCCCUGCUGGACUCACUGCCUUCCCCUUGGUCCCUUUCCUGCUGGCAGGAGCCAGCUGCCUACUUGAGGCCUUCCUGUGUGACCUACCUUCACCCCAGUGAGCUCACUUCUCUUCCUUCUCCUCCUCUCAACCUGUGGGCAAGAGGGAGGAGCAGAGAAGCAGGUACUUGCUGUGGCCACUUUGUUCCCUCCCAGAUAUUGGACCAAGACCCCUCCCUGCACCUGGUACUGCCCGCAGGGAUGGGGAGUGGGAGAAGAGCAGGCACGCAAGUGAGAGCACACCAAGCUUUCUCGUGUUGGUUUUGUCUGCUUUGCCAUAAAGCCCCUGUGUUCUGGUGGCAGGCGGGAACCUCGUCCUCGGGGCUACAGCAGUAGUGAGGAGAGGUCAGUGCUUCGGGCCUCAGUGGAAGGUGACCUCUGCUCCAGAUAGAUGGUGCCAGUGGCUUAUUAAUUCUGAUACUAAUUUGCUUUGCUGACCAAAUACCUGGUGCCAGAGGAUGGGGAGGCAAAGGCUGGGAGCAGUGUUGUGGCCCUGGGGCCCAGCCCCGAACUGGGGGCUUUGUACAUAGGUAUGAAGAAAACACAAAGUGUAUAAAUCUGAGUAUAUAUUUACAUGUCUUUUUAAAAGGGUCGUUACCAGAGAUUUACCCAUUGGGUAAGAUGCUCCUGGUGGCUGGGAGGCAUCAGUUGCUAUAUAUUAAAAACAAAGAAAAAAGAAAAAAAAGGAAAAUGUUUUUAAAAAGGUCAUAUAUUUUUUGCUACUUUUGCUGUUUUAUUUUUUUAAAUUAUGUUCUAAACCUAUUUUCAGUUUAGGUCCCUCAAUAAAAAUUGCUGCUGCUUCAUUUUUAUAUGGGCUGUGUGACAAGGGAGAGAAUGUCAACAAAAAGGGAGAUAAAUGGGGUCCUGGAGUCGUCUGUCCAGGGAGUGUCACAUGCUCCCUGAAGUUUCCUCCUAACAUCCUCUUAGAUCUGUACUAAGACCCUUAAUUCAAACUUCUGUGAUGCUUUUGGAAAGGCAGGAAAAGAAGUUGUCUGUCUUAGGGACACAAGCCUCCUGUCAGUGUGCACCCGAGGUGCUGGGCCCAGAGCCCAGUGCCCCUCCCCUAGCCCUCAACCACAGAUUGUUUCCUCAGGAAACUGAGGGGAGGAGGGGAGGCAUGGGGUUGGGGGUCAGAGAAAGUUGGGGGCCUACCUCAGAACAGCCAAGGGGUUGAGCUAAAGUGAUUAAGAGGAAAGCUAAAGAUUAUCCAGCAAGGGCCUGCAGAAACUCAAACCCAGAUAUGCGUCUGCCCACUCUGGGUGUGUGUGGUUUUACCUUUGCUGCCAUGUGAGGGCAAACAUGUCACCUGAGACUAUAUUUGUGUUCAAUUCAGGUCCCUUGCUUCUUGUUUCCCAGCCUGCUCUGUUCAUAAUCCUCCCCCACACCAUUCUUCUGGUACCCAUGUGACCAGGCUGCAUUUGUUGGGAGUAUCACAGAUCUUGGCAUCUUAUAGUCCUUCCUGUACAGACUCCACCCCAUCCCUCAGGAUAGGGAAAAAAUUCUCUGAAUGUUUGUUUUUUUUGGCUGCUUGGAAAUUUUCUUCCUCUGCCACCUGCUGGUUACUGCUGUACUCACCAAAUGGGUCCUGGUCCACAGAAGCUUAGUUUGCAUGUUGAUGAAUAUAGGCACCUAGGAUCUGAGUACAGACCCUCAGUGGGUGGAUCUGCUUCUGUACCUAAGACUUAAUUUUUGCUGAAUUACUGCUGAAUGAAUACAGAAGAAGGUUCAAUACACUUUCAUUUCUAGAAGGAAAAUGGGGUUGCUGCUUUACGUUUCCUUUCUAAGCUAGCUACUUUUAGCAGCUGUAGUGGCCACUAUUGUAAAAUUGUCUCUUGUCCUUGUGUCUCUCUGUAAAUAUGCAACUAUCAACAUAUUACAGCUUGUGUUUAUGUUGAAUGAAGGUAUAAUUUGGUGAACAAAGCCAGGAAAUGAAUUUUAGCUCUUAAAGCCAUUUGCUUCAAGAUGUUAUAAUAGUGUAUUUUGUUGUGAAAGUGAUCCCUUAGCCCUCCCUUGAAACAGUGUUGUGUGAAUGAACGGAGGAUCUGUAAUGGGCUUUACAGGCCAUCGGAAGAGGUACUAGAGAAAUAGAAGGCACAAUUAUGAUGACAGUGGUGUCCUUGCUCUUACUACUCAAAUCAUGCACGGAUAUCCCCAGAGACUGAGCUGGCUGUCAAAUAAAAGAUAGUGAAAUUGACCUGAGAGAAAAUGAAAUGGCCAUUUUACUUAGAUGACCAGAUUGAGUCUCUGGAGGAAAGGAAAAUCCAGUUUAUCUAAUGAAGACAUCGGGCUGUCAAGGCACUAAAUCUGGUUUCCUGAGGGUUAAGAGAUUAGGGCUUGGGAUCACCACAGCAUUAAUCAAUACUGCCUUUCCGCCUUUUCUAAUUGCCAUAGGCUGGGGAUCAUCAGUCCCUUGGCACUGCUAACGUAAUAUAUUGAUCUCAGGUAAGUAAGAUUGAGCCUCUGAUGAAACAAGAACUCUAUCUCAAUGACAAUGAAGUUGCUUUGUAUAUCAGCUACCACUGGGAGGAGCCAGCACUCCAAAAUCUCAAUCAAUAAUGUGUCAGUCUGCUUUGAAGUCCUAUUAGUCUGACUUUCCUUACAGAGGUAUACUGGUCAUGACUAGAAAAUCUUUAGCCUAGGCGUUAGCAUUAUGGAGCAUUUAUCACCAGUGUGAUUGAAGUAUAGAAUUAGACAUGGCAGACGUGCAGGUCCAUGGAAGACACAGGCCAAGUCUGACAUCACUGAGGCUGGAUUUUAAAAAAAGCUUAAAAUUAUACCCAAUGAGAGUAUUAAUAUCAGGUAUAGCUAAGGUAUAUGCAGGGAAAGGAAAAAGCUGAAGCAACCUGGCACCACCUUCCUUUCCCUCAUAAGAACCAAGGAGAGGGAAGGUUCAGUUUGGCACUUAACAGUAUUCAGGGUGCUUGUAUUCCACAUAGAAGUGAUAUAUUAGCAUGCCACCCACUAAAGGUUUUAUCGUCUCGUUUCUCAAAGAGAGGAGGGGUCAGCUGGGUACUAGAGGCAGCUCUUGAGCUAAUUGUGCACAUCUCUUCCCAACUCUGAGUGCUGUUUAGUGACCCUCCUACUGUGGCCUAAAAUUAGCCGUUGGGGUGGACUUAUAUCAUUGAAACCAGCAAAUGCUACAAAUCAGCGUCCUCCACCGCCAGGCUUGGUUGUUAAUCUUUUACCGGACCACCACUGGCUCAGUUUCAAUGUGGGGCUAGCUCUAACAAUCACCGAACCCAACAGCCAAGUACUUUAACUGAUGAGAGCAAAAAAAUAACCUGGGAUUCAAUGAGCUACUGUAAGAAAAGGAAGAGAGGAAUACUGUGUCUUAGAUGUGCAGAUGUAGCAAAAAAUGGAUGGAGGCCAGGUGGGGCCAAAAGUGACUAGGGGCUCUUUGACCUAACCAUUUUCAUUCUACUCAUAGGGUAAGAAUUACAGAGCAGCCCAGUAGUACGUAUGAAUCAUUCACCUGUAUCAGGAUUGAGCAAGUAGCUAAAUCCCUUUCCCACAUUCAACACUUUGAAAUGUGAACUAAUUAAAAUAAACACCCAUCAUUUUUAAAAUGGGAAAAUUUAUUGUGAAUCACCUUGCUAGGCCAAUGGCAAGAUCCGUGGAGUGCUACACAGUAGGGACUCAUCCUCAAGGAAGUGGAGUUCAUUAGCGGACGUGAUGGGACUUGUCCUCUUGUAGAGAGGUGGUUUAGGAAGCUUUGAAAAGUGCAUAUUCUUGCUGCAAAGUGCUGAUGACAUUCCUCAUUCGGGUGAUCCCAGACAGGGAGAUUUGAGUUUUACUUGGUUUAACUGACUCCCACCUAACUGCUUUUAAUUUCUUAGCAUCUGACUGGCAGUAAAGAAAUCUAACUUCACCCGUAAGUCAAAAUCUAUUUUCCCUUCUAGGUGACCCCCCCCCCCCACCCGGAAGAAAGCUGUUGGUCGGUUGCCUGGCAGUCUAUUUGUUAUCUUAAGUUUUCCAGUACUGACAAUACUAAACAUAAAUGCCUGAACAUAAUACUUGUUACUGAGUAGCUUAGGGAUUAUAUCAAACUUUAACAACCCCUAUGACUAACAAAUAGUCUUGUUUGUGAAAGACAAACAGACCAGAAAAAUACACACCCUGCACAGACAAAUCGUUAAGCCUUAAGCCCUUAAUUAUGUCUCCUAGCAAAAUGGUGGCUAAUGAAAACCAUAUGUGCUAGAAUAGUGGCAGCCUCCCAGAUUCCUGCAGCUUCUGCAGGCCCAAGAGGGAGAUGUCUCAGAACAGCCACGCAGCAGCCAACUCUCUGUGACUGCCAGUCUGCUUUACUCCCGGUUUUCUCCUCCAAAAAGUGUUUUCUUCUUUACAUCCAGGAAAACCUUCCUGGGGAGUAUAUCCAUUCUGUUUCACAGGGUACUUUGUUUCCAGGAUACUUCCUAUUGCUGGAUCACUCUGAAAAAGCUGAAGAGGUGCUCUUGCAAUGAUCUUUGGAGUUUCCAAGUUCUUGCUUGGGCUACAUGUUUACAAGCCAGAGGAGGCAGAGGUAUCUAAGGUACCAGCCUGACUCCAUUAUGCAAAAAAUUCCCUCCUUUAAAGAACAUGCACACAAAUAGGAAGCUGUUUAAAAAUAACAUGGAGGUGAGGGUGAGGGGCUUUACACAAAAUUUAGUGAGAUGACAUAAUGAAACAGAAGAAGUGGACUUUGCAAAUACAUUUUUCUAAAUGGUCUGACCUUGCUCUCACUGCUGAUAUCAUCUGGAAUGAUUGGAAGGCCUCAACGGAUGGCUCCAAGGACUAAAUGGCUGAUCCCCGAUCUCAAACCAGACACAGACAGUCCUAGCUGGGAGGUCCUUUAUGUAUACUACUGCUGAGGGCAGGACGCUGGAAAGCGUGAGCUUCAGCCUCCAAGAUUCCUUAGGCUCCUUUUGAACUAGCCUUGCUGUUCUGGGUUGUCUUUUGUGAUUUGGCUUGGUGUACCUAGGUACAAAACAGAAGGGCUUGUUAAGUGUUGGUCACCAUUUAGAUAAUAUAGCUUCUUUAGUAGUCCCUAUUUUAUUCUCUUAAUCAAAAUAAUCACAGGCCACAGAGUGAAAUCUGUUUAAAGUUUAUCUUGGCAAUAAAUAUAAAGAAGACAGGCAAACAAGGCCCCUAUGUGUUUACUCCAUCUGACUGUCCACAGGUUCUCUUUGGUCCUCAGGAGCCAGUAGGGCCACUCCAUAGGUCAGCUCUCCCAUGCUCCUCCUACUGUUUAUGUGUUUCAUGCAUGCUUUGUGAUCUCUCACCAGAUUCCUCCACCCAAAUGGAAAAGGUGAAUAGAUAAGUAAUUUCUUAUUUACAUGCAUUUCUCCUAAGACUUAAAUUGCUUUCCUGCUAGUAUUUCCUGACAUCAGAAGCCUGUGUGAAAUAUAAAACAUAUGGGAACCAUUUCCAUCUGGCGCAAAAGAGAAUAAGAAUCUGCCUAUAUUGUAAUUAGCUUCUAGACUUAACAUGUUUAGGUCUAAUCCACGAUUGCAUUGGUUGAUUUUUUCUUUGCUUUUGGAUAAUUGAGUUUAAAAAAUGCAGUGGUUGUAAGAUGACUAAAGUUCAGCCUACAACUUCCUGUUUGGACGACAGGAAGAACUAUGCAGUGUUUUGCAAUAGUUAUAAUUCUAGAUUGUCACUGCCCUUUAAAUUACUAGAGGAAAAGCAUUUUCUUUUUUAACAUACUUACAGCUUCUUUAGCAGAAGUAAUGGGUUCCUUAGGUAAUAAAAUAGGUACUGAUGGUGCUAUGGGUGAUGCGGUAACUGGUGGCAGCUGUAUAAAUUCUUCAUCCUUAAACAUCAAGAACUGGGUUACUGGGUUAAACAUCAAGAGUUGGGUUACUGAUUUAAAGCGAAAUGUGUGUUAGAUCUACAGUAACAGCCACAACUACCAGGAACUUAUAACAGCUAAUUCAUCCUGUGCUAUUCUGGCACAGGAUGAGAGAGACAAAAUCUGGAGCCCAAUUUUAUAUAAUCAGUUCAAUAAAUAUUCUUUAUUAAAGAACACCAUUAUAUUGAAAUUCAGUGAAGGAGGUUAAAAAAUAGAGAAAUUAUUUUCAUUUAUAACCUAAUUAAUCAAAUGAAAAGUAAUUAUCUAACCUCAGUUCCCUUCAGUUGAGGGGCAAUAUCCACCAUGUUCUCUUUAGAUUUAGGGGAAGUAGUUGAUUCCACAGGAAUAUUCGUCAUUGGUGGCUAAGAAGAGAAAUACUUUCUAUAAGCAUAAGCUUUCUGCUCCUCCUAAAACUCAGACACACUUCUAUAGUAGUCAAUACUAGUCAGCACAAUUUGCUUCCCACUAAAUCCCUGACUUCCUCCUAUUAUAUCCCUUAUGAGUAACAUAGAAAAUAUGUCCCUGAAUUUACCUUUGAGUUUUGAGCACCCUAUAUGCAAUAGUUGCCCUCUAAUCAGAUUCUAGUGUUUAAGAUCCUCAAUAACAAGCCAUUAUUUUGUAAGUUCUGGUCCUGUUCUCAGUUUCAAGAAAACAACAACAGUUACUAUUUUUCAAUUACUUCUGUUUGUAACUUAAGUCAAAAUUGACAGCUUUAUCACUUUUGGUAUCUAAUAAUAAACAAUGAAUUUACCUGAUUAAAAUGGUAGGUGUUGUUUAACAGAAGCUCCUGCAACAUGAGGAAAUGGAGUAGGCUAGCUAAACUGUCUUCAAGAAUUAUAUUAGAUUUGAAAAAUAAAUAUAUCACUGUCUUUGGUAAUACGUAUUUUCUUUGUGUGGCUGGAAAACUAUAAUAUAUUCAAUUUGAUGACAGAUACAUGAAUUCUAAAACAAUUAAAUUUCUAGGAGCUUGUCAUUCUCAACUAUUCCAGAAAGCAACAUCUGACUGAAGAGUUUAUGCCCAUCUAGAAUAAUUCUGAGAACCCAAAUUUAACUAUGAGCCACUGUGCUGCUCCCAGAGUUCCUUGUUCCUGAGAGCCGUCUAAGAAUAACAAAUAACUUUGGUCUGUUUUAAAGACCAAUGAUAGAGUAAAAACCCACUAACCUGCCUUUUAGACCAUAGUCUGUACUCCAAAAUUGCUCCUACUCUCCUAGAAUCCUUCCUGGACAAAGCCCAAAUCCAGAUUAUCUCAGGAAAUAUAGAAAGGGAGAAAGCAAGAUGGUGUUACCUGAAGCACAACCUUCAUGUGGGAGUUCAUAUAUUUUUUUCCUUGGCUUGUCCAAAAAGUCAACAGUAUAUGGUUAAAAAUGCUUGUUUUUCCUCACUCCAGAGUACUUAGUCUAAUCUCCUAAACCAUACAAACAGCAUCUAUAAUGAUCUUUCCUUUCUCAUGCAGGCUCUGAGUUAGACAUGAAGCCACAAAUAGAGAAAUAAGAGACCAUUUCUGAUGACCAGUCAUCUGCUCUGGUGACUACCAAUCCUGGGUCAGAAAAAUGCCAGAACAAAAGGUGCUGGGUUAAAGGCAACAAAAAAUGAUUAAGGAUGUGAGGUGAAGGAAGACAUUAAGUUUACAUUCAAGAUUUAUCCAUCCAUUGCUUAGAAAUUAAUAGGAAUCUGGACAAAUGAAUCAGACAUGAAAGAACAAGCACCAUUCAGUCUCAACGGAGGAGGAGUGUUUAAAAACAGUCUACCAGGGGCCUCCCUGGUGGGGCAAGGGGUUAAGACCCAGCCUGUGGAGCUGUCCGCAGCCACUGCAGCAUGAGUUCGAUUCCUGGCUGGCCAAGGAGCAACCCACAUGUCACAGCAGACCUCUCAACCCACAUGUCACAGCAGACCUCUCCUGUCUCGCCUGCUGGUGCCCUCAGCAGUGUACUUCCAUCAAUCUGCCUGUUCUGUUCCCCUUGCUAUCUCUGGUGAAUCCUAUCACACACACUCCCCCACACAUACACACCCCUCUGGCCUGUACCCCAGCUCUUGAAUGCAUACAUAAAUAAAUCUUUAAAAAAUAAUAAAAAAUAAAAAACUGUCUGCCGGUGAUGCCUAGAUAGUUAAGGGGAAAGAAUAAACCAGAAUUCUAUUAGUAAAACUAAAUCAAGAUGGAAUUAAAGAUAAUAACAGUGCCUUUAACUCAGCACCUUUUGUUCUUCUGGUAGUUUGAGGAGUUUUAAUUUUUUAGGAACUUUUUAAAGGUUAUAAAGCCAUUUGAGCCAAUUCCAAAAGAUAAUGUCUGUUCUGAUUGUAAGAAGAAAUAAGACACUUGUGGAGAGGCUCUGGUUUUAGACGUCCAGAUUCCCCAGGAACCAGUAGUUACUCACCUCUUCACUUAAUGGUAUCUCGAUUGGCUUUGGCUUCACAUCUAUUAGGUAGAAGGUUCGUGACAAGAGCAAAAGAGAAGGAGGGACAUUCUCCUUCAGGUGGAGGUCCUGCCACUGGAGAAGGGGAGAGGAAUAAAACAUGAUAGAAUCAUAGAAUGUGAAAGCUAAACAGGGACCACGUACAGUCAUCUACUGUUUCUUUGGGUUUAACCGCUUCCCCGGGUGUAUGCUGACAACUAAUGGAAGGAAGAGGGUAAGAACUGGUUGUACCUGCAACCUCAUUCACUACAGUGAGAUUACUCUCAGGGGUGGAGAGGGAGUGUUCAACUAAAUUCAACCAACUGUGGGUCAAAGUAGCUAACUAUCUUCACUUAGAUAAAAAGUAGAUAAUGUGAAAGAGUAAGUCAACCUUAUUUAGAAUCCAGAAAAGUAAACAUUAAAAUGAGAAUGAGAUGUAAGUUUUCAAGUACCAAAUUGGCCAAGAUUUUGAAAAUAUGUAUUUUUAAUUCAAAAAUACAUGCACAGGGUCUCCCUGUGGUGCAAGGCAUUGAGACGAAACCUAUGAAGCUAUCCGCAGCCACUGCAGCACGAGUUCGAUCCCUGGCCAGGGAGCUACCCACAUGAUGCAACAGACCUCUCCUGACUCACCUGCUGUUCCCCUGAGCAGUGUAUUUCUGUCAAUCUGUCUGUUCUGUUCCCCACUCUGUCUCUGGUGAAUUCUCUCACUCCCACACCUCUGGCCUGUACCCCAGUUCUUGUAUGCAUAAAUAAAUAAAUCUUUU